GUCUUCCAUUCAGCUCUCGGAACCUAAAACCCUUGGGACGAUGAUGAACGUGUCUCCGCGUAGGGAUUUGGCACCGUUAGAUUCCAAGAAUGAGGAAGAGAUUUCCUCUGCGAAACAUCGCGGCGAAUUCAACAAACCUAGCCUCCAUGAUCAAUCGCACGAGUUUCUCGGUUACGUUUCCCAGGUAGACAAGGUCUGUGUGAAGGAUAUUGCCAGUAUUCCUUCUGUGAAACUAUCAAAUUGCAUCGCUAGUGGUGGUGGCGUAUCUUCACCUCAGCCAAGCCAGAGUGAAUCAGUUGACAUUAAUUCAGAAGCUGGUGAGUGCAUGAAUGAGAGUAUCCCAUCAAGUCCUACAUCUGAUAUCGGAGAGAAUGGUUUAUUUUAUUCUUCAAUGGAUGGUUAUGGAUUGAAUCAUUGCAGAGGCAAUUCUGACAUGGGUGACACAAAUAUGGAAGUUAUUCUUCAUCCUGAUUAUGUUAUAUACCAUGAUAAUUAUUUUGUGGGGCCAAAGUUAAGCUUUUCACGUUAUUGCAUCAAAAUCAAUGAUUCAACUGCAUGUGCAAAGCAAGGGGUCUUUAAUAUUGAAUGGGCAGUUGAUGAUCUCGUCAAUAUUAAGUGUCAAUCGUUUCAAAGUAGUGGAAUGGUCAUGAUGAAGCUUUGUGUAAUAUCAAGUAAUGCAGCUCAGUCAAAUCAUGGUAGCUGUACUUCAGGCAUUCAGGAAUUGAAGAUUGCAGUUGUUGAUUCCAAUUGGCCCCUGAGACAGAAACAGAUCACAUCUCUUAAUGUGAAAUACUUGGCUAUUUGGAAUACUGUGCUUGAUAUGGACGUCGAAGGCGAUGAAAUUUUUUCACUUGGAACAAGAUGCUACUUCCCAAAUUUUCAGGAGCCUUUUGAUGAAGUUGUCUAUCCAAAAGGAGAUCCAGAUGCUGUUUCCCUAAGUAAGAGAGAUUUUGAUCUAUUACAGCCAGACACAUUCAUCAAUGACACGAUUAUUGACUUUUACAUCCAAUAUCUGAAGAACAAGAUACAAGAGGAGGAAAAGCCUAGAUUCCAUUUUUUUAAUAGUUUUUUCUUCCGGAAGCUGGCUGAUAUGGACAAAAAUCCAUCCAGUGCUUCUGACAGUAAAGCAGCAUUUCUACGUGUUCGUAAAUGGACAAGAAGAAUAAAUUUAUUUGAAAAGGAUUAUAUCUUCAUACCUGUGAACUUCAAUCUUCACUGGAGUUUAAUAGUCAUUUGUCAUCCUGGCGAAAUGGCCAGUUUUAAUGAUGAAGAGCUGGACAAGUCACCUAGGGUACCCUGUAUAUUGCAUAUGGAUUCUAUCAAAGGAUAUCAUAGCGGUCUGAAAAACCUUGUGCAAAGUUAUUUGUGGGAAGAAUGGAGAGAGAGGCAGAAGGAUACAUGUGAAGACCUUUCUUCAAGAUUCUUGAAUAUGCGUUUUCUCUCAGUUGCGUUGCCGCAGCAAGAAAACUCAUAUGAUUGCGGCCUUUUUCUACUUCACUAUCUAGAGCUCUUCCUGGCUGAAGCUCCUCUUAAUCUCAAUCCAUUCAAACUACCCAAAUUCUCCAACUUUCUCAAUUUGAACUGGUUUCCACCUGCGGAGGCUUUUCUCAAGCGAACUGUUAUCCAGAGGUUAAUCUUUGACCUCGUGGAAAAUCACAGUGCACAUGAAGUGUUUUCCUCUGACUACAGUGAUGACCACCACUACUCACAAAAUAAUGAGAACAGAACUGGCGUUCAAUGUCCUGAAACCAAUGGGGAGUCAUCAACUUCGCAUUCUGGCCAGGGAAUAGAAAUCACUCUACUGUCUGCAUCAUCAUCUUUGGAUCCUCAUUCUUUUAACACUUCAGGCAUGGUUCUUAAGGAGUUUUUUGACCCAGAAGCUACAGCAGGAACUUUGCUGGGACAUUGCGAAUCUUUUGACCAGCGGUCAUCUGAUCAUUGUCUCAAUGGUUCAAUAUUUUCAAUAGAGGAACAUACAGGUCUCAGUGAGCGACUUAUGUAUACAACUACAGAUCCUAACUUCCAGCAGGUGGCUGGAAUUACACCGCAAUCAUGUUCAUUGCCAUACUUACCAGGCGGUUGUGGUCAUAGAGCAAAAAUCUCUAUACAAGCAGAGCAUGACAAGGCUGAGUUAUCUCUUGAUACAUCUGGUUGUGCAUCAGAUGAUUUGGAUGACAUAUGGGUUAUUGAAAAUUGCCCAAUUAGAAAUGAAGCAAAAUCAACUUAUGAAGAUGAGCGAUGUGAAAAAAAGAGUACAUCCAUGGAAAACCUUGAGCAUUUAUUAGAUAUUACUGAUUCUUCUGCUAUCAGUAUGCCAAUUUACUCUCUCAUGGAAAUUUCUCAGCACUCAAAUACGAUGUGGGCUGGCAACAAUAAAGGAGUUCAACACUCAUUAUUUCAACAAACACCAACAAUACAAUUGCAUCAAGUUUCUGAAGCAGCAGAUGACAAUGUCACACGUGAUAGUCUUCAGAUGAUUGAAGAUAUUGGAACUGAUAUUUUUGAGGAACCAGUUUCAAAGAAGAGGCGGGCUAUGGCUCUGCAAGGCGAAAAUGAUGAAAUCCUGACAGAAUCCAAUGGAAUUGAUAUUGGAACUAAUAUUUUUGAGGAACCAGUUUCAAAGAAGAGGCGGGCUAUGGCUCUGCAAGGCGAAAGUGAUGAAAUCCUGACAGAAUCCAAUGGAAUUGAUAUUGGAACUGAUAUUUUUGAGGAACCAGUUUCAAAGAAGAGCCGGUUAUGGCUCUGCAAGGCGAAAGUGAUGAAAUCCUGACAGAAUCCAAUAGGAUGACUUCUUUUGCCUAAAUAUAUAAUUUCGAUUUAUUUAUAGGUUUUACUUUGCCAACAUGUGAAUAGGGUCAUUGGUUGGUUGGUAGUAGGGAUUACUUCUAUAAUUCUAUAAGGCUUUUUUUUUAUCAUGUAAAUUUUAUAGUUUAAGGGUUUUGGAUUGACUAAAUUCUUUUUCAAUUGAA